UGCGUCUCGGCGCCGCCGGAAGCCGGCGUCGCGUCAGUAGCCGAGAUCCAGCGGUCGCCUUGACGACGGUAGGGCGCUGUAGCUAGAGGUGGAGAAUCUGCGGGUGUUAGCGCGCUGCGGAGCAAACUGCGAGCCAAAAGCAUGAGGAGCCAGUGCCUGUGUCAGAUCUGUACCUGCGGGUAAGAACCGCUGGCAUAGCGGCAUGGCUCGGGAGCUGCGCGGAGACCUUAGGGGACCCAGUGGCCCUUCGGGCGUCCUCAGCUUGUUCUCAGCACACAAGGAGCCGGGGACGCAGCGACGCCCCCACUCACGCGGUAGCCAGUGUGCCUUCCGCGUUCUCUGGACUGGGGUUAAACGUUCCUUGUUUGUAGCCCUGAGGACUGCUCCAAACCCACAUUAGGGAUGCAAACUAAAAUAGCAUCUGGGCCAGGUUAACAAUGAGUGAAGCCACGGAGGGCUGUAAGUCUGGUAAGUGGUGGAUCCGACUAUAGAGUGCAAGCACCACCAAAAAAAGAGACAUCAUUGUCCACAUGGAGCCACAAAGAUAUAUGAAAAUUCUGGCUUCUCUUACCCCACAACUGAAUACUUGGAAAAAUAUCCCAUGUAUGGUAAUGUUCUUCCACCUCGGAGUCUUAAACCCAAGCAAGAAUUUCAAGCAUGCCGUGGCAAAAUGGAAGGAAUAACUACAUUUAAAUCAGAUUAUCGUCCUUAUGAAAUAGUCAAACAACCCCGCCACAUACCAGAAGAAUAUAAACCAAAACACGGGAAGAUUGAUUUUGGUACUACCUACAAACGAGAUUUUAAUUCUUAUAAAGUGCAGCCUGUGGCAAUAGUCCGACCUUUGGAAAGACAACAAGUUAAAAAAGGAAAGUUGGACACUGUCCCAACCUAUAAAGAUGAUUAUAGAUCUUGGAGCAUUCAGAAAAGUGAACUUUAUAAACCAGAACACACUUACCAUCCCCCAACUGUGAAAUUUGGAAAUUCAACUACCUUUCAGGAUGACUAUGUUCCUCAGGAGAUUAAGCCUAGGCAAAGCUUUAAGCCCUUCUCUGUGGUCAAGUGUUCUACAGCCCCUUUUAAUGGUGACACAAGUCAUCGCAUUGAUUAUGUACCUCAUCAGCUAGAAAUCAAGUUUGCAAAGCCAAAAGAAGUUUACAAGCCAACUGACCAACCUUUUGAGGAUCUCACAACUCACCAGAAUGACUUUCAGGGUCUUGUUGGUGAAACUGCAAAAAUCUGCAGACCUGCCCACACCAGAGUAACCCAAAGUGCUCAAUUUGAAGGAAGCACUGAAUUCCGGGAAAGUUUCCAACCAUGGGAAAUCCCAGCACCAGAAGUCAAGAAAGUACCAGAGUAUGUGCCCCCUACAGGCAGCAUGCAGUUAAACAGCACAAGCCACCUCGACUAUGUUCCCUAUCAGGCCAAUCGUGUUGUUCCCAUCAGGCCAGUUUCUCACAGAAGAAAAAACAAUUUUCCUUUCCAAGGAAAAAGCACCAUGAAGGAAGAUUUUCCAGUAUGGGAAAUUUGUCGUCAAGGACUCAUUAAGCAGCAGCAGCAGAUUCCCAACCCUUCUGGAAAAUUUGAUGGUUUGAGCACUUUCAGAUCUCACUAUGUGCCACAUGAAUUGAUUCCAACUGAGAGUUGCAAACCUUUAAAUGUUGCUCUUAAGAGUUCUGUUCCAUUUGAUGAUAUCACAAUGUACUCUAUAGAGUACACACCAAAGAAACAGGAAAUCUGCCCAGCUAGCUAUCCCUCUCCUCCUGGUUAUGUAUUUGAAAAUACAAAUUCCCAGGGCCAUAAAUUCUUCCGCAAGAUCACUCCUGCAGUGAAAGCCUUCUAGUCGACAAAUUAUAUUUAAAAGGAAGCUAACUAUAAGGUGUUGGUUUUUCAAGGGAAAAACUAAUUUUAAUAGUAAAAAAAAUGAAAAAGAUUUUAACAAAUGAUUUUUUAGAUUUUUAAACAAAAUGGGAAAAUGUAUUAUAGGAGAUCAGAAUCUCAAAAUCCAUUUUGUACUGAUAUUUUAACCGAGAUUGUUCUUUAACUUGCAUUUCUGAAUGUUGAAUAAUGUAUAUUUCCAUCUGAACUACCUUAAUACCUAGCAUAUUGUUUGAUAUUUUAUUCUCAAUCUAUUAUCAUUUGUACUUCUGUUUAUAAUUAUGGCAGUUAUGUGGUAUUCACAUACUGAUUACCACUUAUCAAGUACACUGGGACCAUCUAGAACAACACUGAAAACAACACAUGAAUUUCUCUUCCAAAAGAGUAGGAUUCAGUUUCCCCAAACUUCAAGGCACCCACAUAGUGUACACCAAGUCAAGUUUUGGAUGGUAGUACUGGAGACUCUACACCAUUCCUCACCAUAUUCAAGUUAGUUAGAAGCAUUGCGAUGGGACAGCUUUUGGGAGAUGGAAAUCAGAGAAUGUGAGCUCAAAUCCUAAUACCAUCAAUUUCUAUUUGUGCCUCCUUUGGCAGGUGGCUCAGGUCUCUGAGCUUCUUUUGUCUUCUUUGUUUUGAACAUCAAAUCAUAUGAUACAUCUUAAUCUGUAAAGUAAAAGUACAAAUAUAAGGAAUGAUUUUAAUAAAUCACUCAAUUGCUUUUUUUAUGUUUUUACUUUUCCAAAUAAGGAUAAUUACCUACUCAAUAAUCAUUUCCUGGCAUGUAGCAAGCAUUGUAAAAUAACCUAUUUCACUUUGAGAUUAUGAAUAGAAUGUACUUCUGAGAGUAGUUUUGCCCUCUAUAGCUUCACAAGGAUCUGAGCAGUUGUUACAGACUUUGAGACCUUGGAUUGGAGUGAAUACCUUGGCUUGAAUCACACAUUUGCUAGAAUAAUAUUAGGACGAAUGAUAGCUCUGAAGAAAUCUUCAGGGUAAACUUAAAUAGCUAGGUGCUUAACUGCUAUGCCAGACUUCUGUUCAGAAAGAAGUAGAACCAGGCCCCAAAAUGGGCAUAAUCACCUUGUUGGCCAUUUCCAGUGUGAAGAUAAGGGAUAGGCAGGGAGGAAAAGAAUGAUGUCAGCAAGCAAAGUAGAAUCAACAUAUUUAUAAAUGUUGAAAUUUCCUAGUAAAUUAAACUGACUGGGUGACUUUCUUAAAUAAAUGAUUGCAUUAUGGAAGAAUAUGAUUUAUUUUAGCAUAAAGUCUUUUAUGGGUUCAGAAUUGUUUCUAAAUAUAUACUUUAUGGAGAAUAAAUUCUUAAGUAUUUUGUUUUAAAUAUU